AUGCCUCGUCAGCCUAUGCAAGAAAACAAAAAGCUGACAAUUAAUGAUUUUGAUUUGUUGAAGACCAUUGGUCAAGGAUCCUUUGGAAAGGUUUUGCAGGUUCGCAUGAAAGAGACUGGAAAAGUCUACGCUAUGAAAAUUUUGAAUAAGUCUAAAGUUUUGGAACUGAAACAAUAUGAGCACACACUUGCUGAACGGCGAAUUAUGGAAGAUAUUUCGCACCCUUUCCUUGUCUGUCUUCGCUACGCAUUCCAGUCGCAGACCAAAUUGUAUUUAGUAAUGGAUUUCUUCAACGGGGGCGAGUUGUUCCAUUACCUGUCCUCUGGACGUUUCAGUGAGGGCCGAGCCAAAUUCUACGCUGCCGAGAUCGUUCUGGGCAUCUCCCAUCUGCAUGAGAACAACAUAGUAUAUCGCGACCUCAAGCCCGAAAACCUGCUUCUGGACCCCGAAGGCCACAUCCGCAUCACGGAUUUCGGCCUGUCCAAGAAGGACGUGGAGGGCGACACUGCGCAGUCGCUCUGCGGCACUCCCGAGUAUUUGGCUCCCGAAAUCCUGCGCAAAGUGCCGUACGGAAAGAGCGUGGACUGGUGGUCGCUGGGCAUCCUGAUCUACGAGAUGAUCAACGGGCUGCCGCCGUUCUACGACUCCAAUCGCAAGAUGAUGUACCAUCGAAUUCUCACCGCGUCCGUGCCCAAGAGCCAGUUUAUGUCGCCGGAGGCGUACGAUCUGAUCACGGGGCUGCUGCAGAAGGAGCCGUCGAAGCGGCUGGGAUACAAUUCCUCGGAUGAGAUCAAGAACCAUCCCUGGUUCAAGGAGAUCGACUGGGAGAAGCUCUACCGGAAGGAGAUCACGCCGCCGUAUCGGCCCACCGUGAAGGACGAGAUGUCCACCGAGCAGAUUGAUCCCGAGUUUACCAGCGUGAUGCCGGCUGUGACGCCUACGCCGGUGAACGCGGUGCUCACCGACCAGAGCGCGUUCGCUAACUUCUCCUACGCUGAAGGCAUUGUGCAUUGA